AUGCAAUCCCACGGGAAGAGUAAAGGAAAUUGUACCAAGAUGCUGCGUCAUCGAGAUCCACGCCUCGGAGAGUGGCCUCAAUCUGGGACAGCAAGAUCCGUAGGACAGUCGCAGAACAAUAGUCUGAUAUCCACACAUGGCGAGAAGCGGCGAAAAAAUUGGUGUUGUCGUUUCAAUGUUGACGGUGUGAGGAAAAACCAAGGAAAAAAGACCAGGAGCUUAUCGGGCGCGCCAUUCUUUCGUAUUGGUGGCUUGGCGCGCGUGCCGCCAUGCCGAAGUAGCCAAGACAACGGGCGGCUUAAACGGCGACGACAACGUAUGGAUAUGGGUGGCGGAGAGGAGUUAGGGAUCGCGGAAUAUUCGUUUGACUCCUUUCUUCUUGCCGAUGAUGUGCUGCAGGAUCGCAACCGAGAUGAGGAUGUCAGUUCAGGUUUUGCGUACUGUUCACCCCUUCAUCACGGAUAUUUAGCCAGCAUUUUGAGGGUACUUUGGGAACAUGGUAGUUGUCGCUCCCCAAUAUGUGCCGCUGUGAGCGUGCGAUUAUUCGCUUCGCCGCAAAAAAGUGCCUUGUACCGUGCUUCAGCGCAGAGUAGGAUGCAGCUCAGGACUUCAGAUAAACCAUCUCGAUGA